AUGACCGCCGAUUCUGAUAGUCUGGUGUAUACGAAGCAAGCACUGGAACCGUGUGUGUUUCAGGAACUACCAUUGGUCAAAGAACCUGUGCUUCAAAAAGUUCUCAGUGCCAAGUUGCUGGCCAACCUCGAUAUACUGAGGAAGUCUGCAGUUGAAAGCAGAAUCAAUGGUGACGAUUCGCACGGCAAAGACAUGUUAUCUCAAUUCCAGAACCAAUUCAGUGGUAUGUCGUGCACCGCUUCUAUGGUCCAGCAUGCUUCCACAUUGGCAUUGGAUGCGCAAUAUACACAACAUCAAGAAGCAUUGAAAUCUAGCCGACUUAGUGUGGAUUUCGACAAAGAUGCGACGCCAGAGGGCCCAUUACCAGCAGCGCUGGAUCAACUGGAAUCGAAAAUUGGUCCUAGUGGCCGAAACGAUGAAAAUCUGACGGAAUUACGUAACCGCUUGCUGGGGAAGAACGGGGACAAGCCCGGACUUGUCUCCGAAUCCAACAGCCCAAUGGAAAAACAAAUGCAAGUCCAAAAUAAUAUUCAAGAAGAGCUAAUCAGCGACAUGUCACAGCUGGUGUCGGGCCUCAAACAGGGCGCAGAGGCGUUCCAGGCGGCGCUGAACGACGAUUCCACGGUUUUAAAAGCCACCGAAAUCGGUUUGCAAGCCACCUCCCGUAGUCUACACGAUCUCGGGGGAAAGCUAAAGAGGUAUCACAAUUCGAAGGUGGGCCUUCUGUUUUACUUAACAUGCAUCCUGUUCAUGUUUGUGAGUCUAAUUAUCACAUAUCUCAUUAUCAAGAUAUUUCCUAAAAUGUGA